AUGGCCUCGAUGGGGAUGCAGAUGCUGGCCGGCGCCCUGUGCCUUCUCGGUUGGGCAGGGGUCAUCGUCAUCUGCUUACUGCCAAUGUGGAGGGUCUCGUCCUUUGUGGGUACCUCCAUCGUCACCUCCCAGAUUUUCUGGGAGGGUAUUUGGAUGGCCUGUGUGGUCCAAAGCACAGGUCAGAUACAGUGUAAACCUUACGAGUCCCUCCUUGCCCUCAGCAGUGACAUGCAGGCUGCCAGAGCUCUCACUGUCAUUUCAAUCACUGUAGGUGCAGCAGGACUCAUUAUGGCCUUUGUUGGAGGAAAGUGCACCCGCUUCUUGGAUGAAACUGGAAAUGGGGCAAAGGGCAAGAUGGCUGUUGUGGCAGGAGCAGUGUUGAUGGCUGCAGGUCUGUUCUGUUUGAUUCCUACAUCUUGGGUGGCUGGGGCUUUAGUGAAGAACUUCUACAGUGCCUACAAUGAUGCUCAGAAGAGGGAGAUUGGUGCCUGUCUAUACAUUGGCUGGGGAGCAUCUGUUUUGCUUGUUCUGGGAGGCGGUUUGUUCAUCAGCUCUGCACGCCCCAUAAAAGCCCAUGACACAGAGAAGAGGACAUCUGUGCGUUACCAGGUGGUUCGCUCCUACAAUGGGUCCAACCUGGGGGGUUCUCAUCGCAGCAGGGCGCCAUCAGCAAAGUCACUGCCUAUUGGAGUGGACUACCCCAGGCCUCAUGGCUAUGAGGGAGUGACUUCAAAGCCCCAGCAGUACCCAAGGCCUCCAUCCUAUCAGGAUAUGUCUGAGCAGGGCUCAAAAGAGGAGUCAGAGAAAUCAUGGGCACCUUCAACAAAGUCACAACUGAAAAAGGCAGACUCGACAAAAUCGAAACACAGUGAUGUACCAUCUACAAAGUCUCAGCUGAAAGAAGGAGAAAUGGAAGACACCUUAUCAGUUAAGAGUGACGGGGAAGAUUUAUCCUCAAACCCACCAAAGACAUACUUAUAA